AUGUAUAAAAAUGUUGAAAUACGUAAGCUUCCGUCUGGACUUCUGUGCAAUUUAAUAAAUAUUUUGGAGAUUAACAGUGAUUGGAAAAAGUUCAUGUCUAACAUACCAAGAGAUAUAAAUGGCUUAUCGUCUCCGAAUUUUGAGCCUAAAUACAACAGCGAACAUAUCUCCAUGAUAGAAGACUACGCUAAGGAAAGUAGUCUGAAGUGUACAGAGAUUUUGCUAGACGAAUGGGCAACAUCAGGCAGAGUGCGUCCAAGAUUGAAUGAUUUAAAAAUGAUUAUUGACAAAUCACAAGUGUUAUACAGAGCAGCAGAUGAAUUGGCAGACAUACUCAAUGAAUCAAAACCACAGCGCCCUGGAGAUGGUCCAGCUGCACCAAUAACUACUGAUGUUUCAAUACUGUUAAAUGACUCUAAAUUUACAACAGAUAACAGUAAUAUGCAAAGAUUUUGUGGUCAGUCUACACAACAGAUGAAAUCAGCAGAUCCGUUAAUACAAUUCUCAUUAUCAAGUAUAAACAGUAAUGACUCUAUCGGAAAUAAAACCACAGUAGAAAUAAAAUCAGCAUCUGAUUUAAUAAAAUUCUCUUCAAAUAAUAUAGAAAAUAAUUCAGGCAGUCAAUGUUAUACUAAGCCUUUGGAGACAUCUGGUAAUGUUCCUGAUUUUAAAGCAAUGGAACAAGAAUCUGCCAAUUUAAAAUAUGAGAAUGUGUACCAACAAUCAUUCCCUAACCUAGAUUUGUCUAUUGACAUAGAUAGCGCUAUACUUCAAGAUACAAAACUAAGAGAUUUUCAGUAUCAGCUAUUACAGAGCAUAACAAAUAAUUUUUCUGAUAAUAUUGUUGAAGGUCCUAAUGGAUUUAAAGCUGGAAAGAUUGGUAGUGGAGGAUUUGGUGAUGUGUUUGUUGGAACUUAUCCAAAUUUUGGUUUGCUUGCAGUAAAAAAAGUCCACAGUAAUUUGGAUAUUAAACGAAAACCGGACAUUGCUAUGAAAGUAUUUAAUGCAGAAGUUAAAUUUCUUUCACACUUUAGGCAUACUAAUAUAUUACCAAUUUUGGGAUAUUCUAUAGAUGGUCCAGUCCCUUGUAUUGUAAGUGAAUAUAUAGAUGGAGGUUCAUUAUCAGAAAAAAUUCAAGCAAAAGUUUUAAAUAUAGAACAUAGAAUGAACAUCAUAUUAGGAACAGCAAAGGGAUUAAAAUAUUUACAUACAAAUGAAACACCCAUACAGAGUAAUGCAGAAUUAUUGAAUUUAGGCAGAGCUAUUGCAUCAGAUUCAGAUCAUUCAACUACUAAUUUUGUACAUGGAGAUGUGAAAACUGCAAAUAUUCUAUUAACAAAGGAUUAUGUCCCCAAGUUGUGUGAUUUUGGAUUAGCUAAGCAGUAUGAUUGCACUAUAAUGACUACCUGUCCAAUGGGAACAUCAGCAUAUAUGGCCCCUGAAGGAUUACAUGGUACAAUUACCCAGAAAAUUGACAUAUACAGCUUUGGUAUUGUGUUACUGGAGGUACUGACUGGCCUUAAACCUAUAGUAGUGUCAAAUGGAGAAAAAUUAAAUAUCAAAGAUUAUGUGGAAGAAAAUUACAAAGGAGACAUAAAAGUUUUAUUAGAUCCUGAUGUGCAAAAUUGGAUAGAAGCCAACAACAUAUAUACAUUAGCACAGCAAUGCUUAGAAAGGAAUAGAAAAGAUCGACCUACAAUGAACGAAGUGUGCAAAACAUUAUUUGAAAUUUGGGAUUGUUGA